AUGGAUGAGCAUUGCGUCAUGGUAGAUGUUCAUACUCAUCUCACAGACGACAAAUUAUUUCAGAAUAUUUCUGGUGUCAUAGACAGAGCUUUGGCUAAAAAUGUUCGAGCUGCUUUAGUGGUCACCGAAAACAUAAAAGAAUUUGAACCUGCUGUUGAACUCUACAAGAGAUUUCCGAAGUUUGUUCUGCCAUGCCUUGGACUUCAUCCUAUUCAGAGCACAGGAAUAUCUGAUGAAAGUGGUAUUGAAGUAAAGCGGAGUGUUUCACUUGAGGAUUAUGCUGGUGUUGAGUCAGCCAUUGAGAGAUUUGCAGAUGUCAUUGGCGCUGUUGGUGAGAUUGGUCUUGACUUCAGCCCCAGAUUCUGUAAGACAGCAUAUGACAAGGAAGUUCAGAAAUUGAUUCUAACAAAGCAGGUGCAGCUGGCUCAGAAACACAGUUUACCAAUAAAUGUGCAUUCAAGGUCAGCGGGUAAACAGACAAUUCAGUUGCUGAAAGAGCUUGAUGCAAGACAUGUUCUGCUGCAUGCUUUUGAUGGAAGAGCAUCAACAGCUCUGGAAGGAGUGGCUAAUGGAUAUUACUUUUCAGUAACAGCAUCAGUAUGUAGGGACCCACAGAUACAGAAGAUGGUGAAAUCUUUGCCCUUAGACAGACUCAUGCUUGAGACAGAUUCGCCUGCCAUCGCACCAGUCAAAGGAGCCAUUAAUGAGCCCUCCAAUGUGAGCAUCUCAUGUGAGUACAUUGCCAGGAUCAAGAAAGUUGAGAUGGAAGAAGUUAAACGCAUCACCACAGAAAAUGCCUUCAUAGCCUCAGAUAUUCCUCUGUCUCUUGCAUGUUUGAGUUGA